AUGAUAUGCAGAUCUUUUAUUGAUGCAAAUUUUAUUCGUCAAUAUUGUUUACCAGAUAAAAUAAUUAACUUGGAUGAUUUUCGUUUUUAUAUUCGAGUUAAAUGUAACUUAUCAUUGAAUGAUGUUGAAAAAAUAGUCAAUUCAUUUAAAAUCAAUUCAUUUUUUAUUGAUCAUCAAUGGACGAAUGUGAAAUGUGUUUAUGAUGAAAGUGAAUCAUAUCAACAUCUUUUCUCUUCUAAUCUUAAUAAAUUUCAACACUUUCAUCGUCUAUUUAAUAAUCAAUUUGUAUCAUAUGAUUUGUCAAAUACUCGACAAAUUGAGAUUAAUUUUGAUCCGUCUCUGGAUUUAUUUCUCAAACAAUUUGAUGAACUAUACCCUAAGGUCUCGUCUAUGAAAAUUCCUACAGAUCCAAAUUAUCCAUUAACAGAUCCAGAUAAAAUACGUAUAAAAGUAUUUGCUCGUCUUAUUUCAAUGCCUGUUCAACUCAAAUAUUUUCUUGCUGAUCAAUUUGAAUGGCUUUUAUAUAUUACACAAAACCUGCAAAGUGGUUCCGAUAAAGAUCAUGGUCACGCGUGA